AUGGCGUCCUUCAAUGACGAGCCGCAAGGGCUUGCAUCGGCAAGCCCUAAGCUGCAGCUGAGCGGUCGCAGCGUGCAAGAUGGCACGUCACCGCGUCCAAGCAGCGCGAAAGUUGUUUCCAUCGCCGACCCUGAGAUCGAGAGCAUCUCACCCUUGAUGCGAGGCCAACAUAAGGAGCUAAGCGGUGGCGACUACUUUGACCUUGGGCAGGCUGCCAAACAGUUCCGUGCCCAUGUGAGCGGCAAGAGACUCACUGGCCGAGCAUCUGUUGAGCGGCUUGCGCCGGUGAGUAGACCAUCGACGGAAGGCAAUCCUUCAUACAGCUCUCUUCUAUCAGACAGCUCCGAAGGGCUCCCAUCGCGACACUCCCAUGAGAACUUGGUAAAGCAUGUCACAUCAUGGCUCAAAAGCGAAAAGGCCCGUCGGAGUGCACGCAGAUCAAAGCGCAAGACCGCCGCCGCUAAAGUGGCCUCUGUAGUUGAGCAAUCCUUAGGAAAAGCCAAAAGCGAGUCUACUGAACAUCCCCCCUCCGAGGAGAGACGUGGUUCAGAUUCUUCAGAGGGGUCGGUAGCUUUAGACCAACUCGCGAUGAUCCUCGAGAGAACCAUGUCCCUCAAGUCUACAGAAGGAACAUCUCGCUUUCCUAGAGGCUUGCACGGUCGGAAGCUGUCAACUCUUUUUAAGCGCAACUCUACCGUCUCAUCAGGAGAAGACCACUUUGACUCCAUGGACCAGCUUGUACCCGGUUGCGAAGCUGUUUUGGAUAAUUCUAGGACUAUGACAUAUGGUGCUGGCUGUCCCGAAUCAGAAACCACCGAUGACUUGACAAAGCUUACAUCGCGUCGAGCCAAGAAGGAGAAGGAAGCCUGGGCAACCUUCAAGUAUGAAAUUGUGCGACUUACACAUACUCUGAAGCUCAAAGGCUGGCGGCGAGUGCCAUUGGACCUGAGCGGUGAGAUUAGUGUAGAUCGGUUGAGCGGCGCUUUGACAAACGCUGUAUACGUAGUUUCUCCUCCUAGAGAUCUUCCUGAACAGACACCUCGUGAGGAAGGAGUCCGUGCGCCAAAGAACCCUCCUCCCAAACUCUUAUUGCGUAUAUACGGUCCUCAGGUUGAGCAUCUCAUCGAUCGAGAGGCAGAAUUGCAGAUUUUGCGGAGACUUGCCCGCAAGCGCAUCGGACCGCGACUACUAGGUACCUUUACCAAUGGACGCUUCGAAGAAUUUUUCAACGCGAGGGCGUUAGAUCCCCAAGAGCUCCGCCAGCCGGACACCUCAAAACAAAUUGCGAAGCGCAUGAGGGAGCUACAUGAAGGGAUUGACCUCCUCCAAUCAGAGCGAGAAGCUGGCCCUUUCGUCUGGCAGAGCUGGGACAAGUGGGUCGAUCGAGCAGAAAAGAGGAUGUCAUGGUUGGAUAAGCAGAUCAAAGACGGCACUCAAGGCAGUGUACAGUCCGCGGCCGAUAGGUGGAAAGACCGAGGUCUGGUGUGCGGUGUAGAGUGGUCGAUCUUUCGCAAGACCGUUGAUAAAUACCGAGCUUGGCUUGAGGAGCAAUACGGCGGUAUCGACAAGCUCAACGAACGACUCAUCUUUGCCCACAAUGAUACGCAAUACGGUAAUAUUCUACGUAUGAGUCCAUCAGGAGAGUCGCCUCUCCUUCUGCCGGCAAACGAGCACAAACAACUUAUCGUCAUCGACUUUGAGUAUGCAAAUGCAGACCUUCCCGGCUAUGAGUUCGCCAACCAUUUCAACGAAUGGUGCUACAAUUACCACGAUCCCAAUCCUCAUCGCAUCAACACUUCCGUCUAUCCGACGCCUGAGGAGCAACACCGCUUCAUCCGCGCCUAUCUCCAGCAUAACCCCACCUUCAAAGCAUCACGCGGUCAAUCGUCCAACCCGCCCACUCCGCACCUUGGUCCUCUCCAGUCCUCGGGGAACAGCACCGCUCAAGCUGCUACCGCCACUCCCACUUCCAUCUCUGCCUUCAUGCUGGACUCCCGCGCUCCGCCUGGCGAACGAUACUCGUACCAGGAGCAAGAAGCGCAGGUAGAGCAAAGUAUUGAAGAGGAGUGUCGCAGACUCAUGGCCGAGACACGCCUUUGGCGAAUGGCUAGCUCGUCGUUCUGGAUCGCCUGGGGUAUCGUUCAGGCUGUGGUACCCGGGAUGCCGGACCUUGAUGAUGAAGAGAAGCAGGCCCCCGCCACCGAGGAGGUUGCGGUGCUGGAGAGCGUGACGAAAGAGGUCAAAGACGAGGCAGCAGCAGAGGAGAAGCAGAGCGAAGUGAGUAAGAAGAAGGAGCACGCGGGAGGUGAGAAGGUUGAAGCGGAUGUUGCUGACUCUGAUGAACUUCAGGCCGAAGAGGAAGAAUUUGAUUAUCUGGGUUACACACAGGAGAGAGCUUUGUUCUUCUGGGGUGAUGCGAUCAAGCUGGGUAUUGUGAAGGCGGAGGAGCUGCCUGAUGAGAUCAGGUGCAGGGUUAAGACCGUGGAGUACUGA